CAAAAAGGAUUACAAUUGCAGGAUAAUGAAAAUAUUGAUGAAUAUACUGCUAAAUUAGCAUUAACAGACAAGUUUCCGAAUACCAAUUUCACGAAUAUACCUUUUUCUGAAGUCCACUCACCCAAACGCAAAUUUCCCGAAUUGGAAAUUUUACUAAAAAGUCCAAUUUCUCAAUAUGAUUCAGAAAUAUGGACAUUCGGUAUAUUGGGAUUCAAGAAAUUGGGUAUUUAUACGUUAGAAUUUGUGAAAUUUGAUAUUCAGAAAAAUGGAUAUUUUAUGCAAUUCAAGGAAUUGAGAAAUUAA